AUCGUAAAGUCCUCACACGAAAUAAAGCUAAUGGCAUCUUCAAGAAACAUUGAGGACCCCCUUCUUCCUUAUCCCGCCCACAAAUCUCGCUCCUUUUUCAAACCCUUGUUCAUUCUCCUUUCACUGGCCACUCUCAUCUCUCUCAUUAUCUUCGCUCCUUACCAUCUAACCGUCCAUCUUGCCCUAAACAACGAACAGCCGUCCGAUCUCUGCAUCCACUCCCCCAACUUCAACUCCUGCACCGCCCUCCUGUCAGACCUAACCUCAGCCGCCCGAUCACCAGCCUCCCUCCUCCACUCCCUCCUCCGCCGCUCCCUCCUCGACAUCCACGCCUCCCUCUCCCAAUCCACAAAUUUCCUCCGCCAGUCAAACGAUCCCCACAUCAGCGACUGCAUCGAGCUCCUCGAUCUCUCCCGCGACCGCAUUCUGAGCUCCAACGCCGCCAUCGCCGCCGGAUCUUAUGAGGAUGUCCGCACCUGGCUCAGCGCCGUGCUCACCAACCACGACACAUGCCUUGACGGCCUGAAGACCUCGUCGCCAUUAAAAUCUCAUCUUGACUCCCUCACAGCUCAGGCCAGCGCCGCCCUCGCCGUCCUCCGCGCCAUCACGGUUGAUGAUGGCGAUGCAACAGAAACCAUAACGGCGCUCCCCGCUUGGGUGACACCAGCCGACCGGAAGCUUCUAGAGCGGCUCUCCCCCCUGGCGAUUACGGCUGACGUGACCGUCGCCGCAGGCGGCGGCGGGAACUAUAAAACCAUUCAGGCCGCUGUUGACGCGUCGCCCGAUAACGGAAAGAGUCGGUUUGUAAUUUAUGUGAAGAAGGGGACUUACAAAGAAAAUGUUAUUGUAAGCAAGAAGAAGAAGAAUUUGAUGAUCGUCGGAGAUGGACAGAGCGCCACCAUCAUAACAGGGAGCUUAAACGUCGUUGACGGGUCCACCACCUACAAUUCUGCCACAUUAGCGGCGAUGGGCGACGGAUUCGUGCUUCAAGAUUUAGGCGUGGAGAACACGGCCGGUCCAGAGAAGCACCAAGCCGUGGCUCUCCGGAUCAAUGCAGAUCGGUCCGUAGUAAACCGGUGCCAAUUAAAAGCGUAUCAGGACACACUCUACACGCACUCUCUCCGUCAAUUCUACCGCGACUCGCAGAUAUCCGGAACCGUGGAUUUCAUCUUCGGCAACGCUGGGGUGGUGUUUCAGAACUCUGUGUUGGAGGCUCGCAAACCAAUGGCCGGCCAAAAGAACGCCAUAACAGCACAGGGACGGAUCGACCCGAACCAGAACACGGGGACUUCAAUCCAAAACUGCAGAUUGGUGCCGUCGUCGGAGCUGAAGCCGAUUACGGGUUCAUUUUCCACCUAUCUGGGGCGGCCAUGGAAGCAGUACUCGAGGACGGUGGUGCUGCAGUCGUAUAUUGAUGAUCAUGUGAAUCCGAAAGGGUGGUUGGAGUGGGAUGGUGAUUUUGCGCUGGACACUUUGUUCUAUGGGGAGUAUCAGGAUUCUGGACCAGGUGCGGGAACGGCCGGACGGGUGAAGUGGAAGGGGUAUCACGUGAUCACUGAUCAGAAAGUUGCCCGCCAAUUUACGGUGGCGGAGCUGAUUCAGGGAGGGGAGUGGAUUGGGAGCACAGGUGUCACGUUUACCGAGGGUCUUUGAAGUAUGCCAUGUGGAUGAUCUGAUCGAAUAAUAUGGUCUAUGUAGUACAGGUGUCACGCUUACCGAGGGUCUUUGAAUUAUGCCAUGUGGAUGAUAUGAUUGAAUGAUAUGGUCUAUGUACUAAUGAGGUGGCUCUGCGAUAUUAAGGAGCUGUAUGACUUU